GCCGGAGCAGCCAGGGGCAGCCGGAGCCGCCGCCGGGCCACGGUCUCCGUUCGCUGGCGUGCCUCCACGCUGUCCUCGGAUUUACGGUUCCUGGCGCCUUUUCUCCUGUCAUACUUUUCGUUUCGCUCAUUCUGAUUUCUCCGGAUUCCUCCCCUAGAACUUUAAUUCAUUCAGCGACGAGAAUGUAGAACAGCAAGAAUGGGAACUUAAAGGGACUUGUUACCAAACCACAGAAACUGGUUUUCCUUUUAUUUUAUAUGAGCUCUACAGAAUUUUUUAGACGCGAUCCUCCCACAGUAUUUAUUGAUGCAUCAUUACAGACCAUGACAUUAUAUUGUGAAAACAACAAAAUAUGAUGUAGUUCUGCGCAGAAGGGAGAGAUUCGAGACUCAUUUUCUGGAAAGCAGCCGAUUUCUACAGUGAUAAAACUGGAUAAUUACAUGUUCCCAAAGCCUUUUCAGCACAGAAUAUCACAGAAUCACAGAAUCUGAAGGACUGGAAGGGACCUCGAGAAAUCAUCUAGUCCAACCCCUGUGCCAGAGCAGGACCACCUAGAGUAGGUCACACAGGAACUCGCCCAGGUCAGUUUCAUGAAUUCAAAAGCAACUUACCAGUGAUUUCUGGGAGCUGGGGCUGAUUUUCUUGUGUAUUUUGGCAGUGGUUCCUUGUGAUUUGGGAAGGUGUCAGAGGUGUUAUGCCAUCAAACUCUGAAGUGCUGACUGGUGUGUUAGGAGAAAGCAGGACAGAAGAGUGGAAGAACAGCCAUUAUAUAAGAAUGUCUUCCAAGCAGGCUACCUCUCCGUUUGCAUGUGCAGCUGAUGGAGAGGAAACAAUGACCCAGGACUUAACAUCACGAGACAAGGAAGAGGGCAACAGUGAUCAGCAUGCGACCUCUCAUCUGCCUCUACAUAAUGUAAUACACAACAAACCUCACUCUGAGGAGCUACCAACUCUGGUCACGACCAUCCAACAAGAACCUGAGUGGGAUGGAGUCAUCUCAGCCCAACACAGAAUGGAGUCAGAGAGUAAUAAGUUAUGUUCCCUAUAUUCCUUCCGAAAUACCUCUACCUCACCAAGCAAGCCCGACGAAGGAGGUCGUGACCGCAGUGAGCUAAUGACUAGUGUUAAUUUUGGAACGCCAGAACGCCGCAAAGGAAGCCUUGCAGAUGUGGUGGAUACACUGAAGCAAAAGAAACUAGAAGAAAUGACCAGGACUGAGCAAGAGGAUUCAUCCUGCAUGGAAAAGCUACUUUCUAAAGACUGGAAGGAGAAGAUGGAAAAAUUAAACACAAGUGAUCUCCUUGGAGAAAUUAAAGGUACACCAGAAAGCCUGGCAGAAAAAGAGCGACAGCUCUCUACUAUGAUCACCCAGCUGAUCAGCUUACGGGAGCAGCUCCUGGCUGCCCAUGAUGAACAGAAAAAGCUGGCAGCUUCACAAAUUGAAAAACAACGGCAACAAAUGGACCUUGCCCGCCAACAGCAAGAACAGAUUGCAAGACAACAGCAGCAACUUCUGCAACAGCAGCACAAAAUCAAUCUACUGCAGCAGCAAAUUCAGCAGGUUCAGGGUCACAUGCCUCCGCUCAUGAUCCCAAUUUUUCCACACGACCAGCGGACGCUGGCAGCGGCUGCUGCAGCCCAGCAGGGAUUCCUCUUCCCCCCAGGAAUAACUUACAAGCCAGGUGAUAACUACCCUGUGCAGUUCAUUCCAUCAACAAUGGCAGCUGCUGCUGCUUCUGGACUCAGCCCUUUACAGCUCCAGCAACUGUAUGCAGCUCAACUGGCAAGCAUGCAAGUUUCUCCUGGAGCCAAAAUGCCAUCUACUCCACAGCCACCAAAUACGACAGGGACACUCUCACCCACUGGGAUGAAAAAUGAGAAGAGAGGGACCAGCCCGGUAACUCAAGUUAAGGAUGAAGCAGCCCAGCCACUGAAUCUUUCAGCCCGACCCAAAACAGCUGAACCUGUCAAAUCUCCAACAUCUCCAACACAGAACCUCUUCCCAGCUAGUAAAAGCAGUCCUGUGACAGUGACGAACAAGAGCGGCAUCCCCAGCCCCCUCAGUGGAUCUCUGGGAAGAGGAUCCUCUUUAGAUAUUCUUUCCAGUCUUAAUUCACCUGCCCUAUUUGGGGACCAGGACACAGUAAUGAAAGCCAUUCAGGAGGCUCGAAAAAUGAGAGAGCAGAUCCAAAGGGAGCAGCAGCAGCAACAGCAGCCGCAUGGUGGUGAUGGAAAAUUGCCCUCCAUGAAUAACAUGGGUCUAAACAACUGCAGGAAUGAAAAGGAAAGAACAAGGUUUGAAAAUUUAGGCCCACAGUUAACAGGGAAACCCAAUGAAGAUGGAAAACUAGGUCCUGGUGUCAUUGAUCUUACAAGGCCCGAAGAUGCAGAAGGAAGUAAAGCAAUGAAUGGCUCUGCAGCUAAACUACAGCAGUAUUAUUGUUGGCCAACAGGAGGUGCCACUGUGGCUGAAGCUCGAGUCUACCGGGAUUCGCGGGGCCGAGCCAGCAGUGAACCGCACAUCAAGCGACCAAUGAAUGCUUUCAUGGUUUGGGCAAAGGAUGAGCGUCGAAAAAUUCUCCAAGCCUUCCCUGACAUGCACAACUCCAACAUUAGCAAAAUCCUAGGAUCUCGCUGGAAGUCCAUGUCAAAUCAAGAGAAACAACCUUAUUAUGAAGAGCAGGCACGGCUAAGUAAAAUCCACCUAGAAAAGUAUCCUAAUUACAAAUACAAACCUCGACCAAAACGUACCUGCAUUGUUGAUGGAAAGAAGUUGCGUAUUGGUGAAUACAAACAACUGAUGAGGUCUCGAAGACAGGAGAUGAGGCAGUUUUUUACCGUAGGACAACAGCCUCAAAUUCCAAUCACCACGGGAACAGGGGUUGUCUAUCCUGGUGCUAUUACCAUGGCGACUACCACGCCAUCACCUCAGAUGACAUCAGAUUGCUCGAGCACCUCUGCCAGCCCUGAGCCCAGCAUCCCCGUCAUUCAGAGCACUUAUGGUAUGAAGACGGACAGCGGAAGCCUUGCUGGAAAUGAAAUGAUAAAUGGAGAGGAUGAAAUAGAAAUGUACGAGGACUAUGAGGAUGAUCCCAAAUCAGACUAUAGUAGUGAAAAUGAAACCCAUGAGGCAGUCAGUGCCAACUGAGGAGUGUUCACAGAAUUAAAGUACUCAGACUCAUUUGGGGUUUUUUGGGUUUUUUUUGAACGAAAGUUCUUAAAGAGCCUGCAUGCACGUGUGGCUCCUACAGUUACAUCAGCAGAAUGGUCUUAAAUGUUUCUUAACGUGUGAGACAGAUUGUUUCCCUAAUUUUUCAUGAACUUGGGUUUUUUUGUUUUUGUUUUGUUUUUUUUUUUAAUUUAGAUGAAGACAUAUAUUAAAUAUCAGACAUCAGGACUUGAAAACUUAUAUGAAUCAAUAGCUGUCUUACAAGUCUUACCUUUUGUCUUUUUCCGUUUGAAUGCUGAUAAGGGUUUUAGUUACUGUUUUAGAUGGGGGUUAUACAUUCUCACUCAGGUAUGCUGUGCCAGCCUACAGGUUGUGAAUGUGUUUUUAUUCUGGAUUAUUUUAGAAAACAAAAACUGCAGAUUUCAUAUUGUGAAACAGAACAAGUCCGCAAGUGUGCACAUCUGUGCAUCAUAGCUUGUCUUUAAAAAACAGUCUCUGAAUUCCAUUUCUUUUCAUAUGUAUAGCUGAACUUCUGAUGUGCCAAACUUUUCGUAACUUUUGAAUCUUAACAUUUAAAAAAAAAGUCUUAAAGGAGACACUGUAAAGUCUUAGACAAUCCUUUGGCAUCUUAAAAAAAAAUUAUAUAUAAAACCUAAUUUUUUCCAGAAUAUGGUAAAGUACUCAGGAAUCUGGAGACAGGAUAUUCUUAAGUAGUGAACAUGAUUGCCAUAGUGCAUGUGCCCAAUUGCUUUUGCCUCUUGAUGUGCCAUUAGUGUGAAAUUUUAAUUAAGCACAAAAGAGCGAUCACCAGCUAUGGACUGGCCUGUCUUAGCAGUGUGAGGCCACCUCUGAUUACAUUCUCUACCCCUUUGCUUUUAACCCUUGCAUUCAGUCUUAACACAUUUUCUCUUAAAUAAUUUAUUCAUUCCAGAAUGUCAAGGGUUCAAAUACUUAAUAUUUAUUUUUAAAAGUACUGUUGGUGGCAUUACACUUACAAUUCCUUCUUGAUACUUUAAAGAGCCCCUUCUUUCUUCUUACCUAAAUUACACAGGUAUAUGAAUAUAGAGGUGCACCUGCUACUAAAAAUGAACGUGACAUUUAUGAAUGAGAAACGUUACUGUUCCUGUAACAGUAUAUGCUCAAGGAACACUCUGCUAUAUCUAACGCAUAAUAAAGUGGAUCCUUUUAGAUGUACAUACAGUGCAAAUAUUUCUAAAAAAUUGUAUCUGUAGUUAUAAACCUCUAUACUUAGUCAGAAAAGGCAGGUGUAAAAUCCAAACUGCAUGUAGAGUCCACCAUGAUGAUUUUUUAGGGCCUGUAGAAUCCUGCAGUGAGACAUGGCUCUGUACAUCAUGUUCCCAUUGUCACCUGAAGGAACUGAUUGCCACUUCAAGUAUAUAUGCAGUGAUUUAUAUGUGAGACUCCUCGUGGGGAAGAGAAGGCCACACAAAUAUCUGACUUGCAAAGCUGGGAAAAUAGUCCAUAAAAAAUGUUUAUUGAAUAUUAGUCACAUGGCAAUGCGAGCCAAAUCUUGAUGAAUGCUUGUCAAGUGCUUUGGAAUUUUUGGAUGUAAGGUGCUACAGAAACUAAAUUUUGUAUUACUAUUAGAAACAAUGUGAUUGCUAGAUAAAAUUCUAGGAAAUACAGAAAAGAGAGAUAUUUUAAGACUGUGAAUUUAUUACAUUUUGGAGACAGAAAAGAAGUUGCCUUUAUUUUUGGCCCCUCAUACUCCACUCGUUCACAAAUACAUCACUGUAUAUAUAUGCAUAUCCAAUGGGCCUGGUGAAUGCAACUGCUGAAGAUCCUCAACUCCCUCAGCUUUUAUUUUGAGUUGGAUAUGUUCAGCACAUUGGUGACAAAUUGAGACUCAGUCUGAGAGGUAGGAGUGGGCCUAGAGCAGCUCCUCAUCAUAGAGAUGAACGCACUUUGUUUAGGGCCCAGACAAUGAAAGUAGUGUUAAUACCGGCUAUCCUCGUGUUAUCAUCCUACCUUGUAGAAAUUCAUGUGAGGUACAAUGAUGAGAUGCUGUAUUGGAAGCAUUUUCCUCAUAUCCCCACUAAUACCUACUUGAGCAGAGGUAGCCAUUGUUACCACUGUAGGAAUAAUAUAUAAAUGCUUGAGAACAACCUACAAGGCAAAAAGGAUUGCUCCAUUUACAGGACAAUUUAUAAAGGUAAUGGCAUAGAGAGACAAUGGUCAAAUUUCUCUGACCAUUUUGCAAUUCGGAGCAAAAUUCUGGAUUUUUAAUAUUUAUUUAAAUGUAUUCUGAGUCCAUGUCUAAUAAGCAAUAAACUGGUCUAGCCAAGACUUUAAAGGCAUAUGCUGUGUCAUUAGCUGGUGAGCGCCCUCUUUAAGCUGGCUAAGGUACUGAUAGAAAGUGGGUUUUGUUCUUAUAAUUGCUUGGGAAUUUGAACUGGUUUUAAUACAUUCAGCUCAGAUUGGGGGGAGGAUACCAUUAUUUCCUAAAAAAAAGAUGACUAUUUAUUAAUGUCUUUACAUUAUUUUCCAGUUAGAAGUAUUUGUCCCUCCCCUCAUGUCAUUUUCUUUCUCUCUUGGCUCUCCUUUUUUCUGGUUUUGUUGCAUAGGUAGAAUGCUGUAUUGCUAGCAUUGUAUUUUAUGUAAUUAUUUUUUUGCACAAAGGCAAACAUUUAGAUUAGUUGGUUAAUUUUUUUUUAAUUUUAUGACCAUGCCAAAAUAAUAUUCUGCAGGCUUGUGGAGAACAAAGGACUGUUCUUUAGGACUGAAACUUGAUUUUGCUUGUAGUACAAAAAAACACACACUCACAGAUGUUGUUUCGUAAGUGUUAUAAGCACUGGAUAUAAAUGGUAUUUUUUAUCACUUCUGACUAAUGUGAAACUGUUGUACGAAAACUACAUGAACAAAAGUCAUCUGUUUCGACUCGUGUGGGCCUGCCUCACAGUUGCCGGAUUUGAGUCAUUUUUAUGUCUUGUUAUUUCAUUUAUUUAUGCAAAGUACAUGUAUGUAUGAACACUUUGUUUUAGCUCCAGCCUUGCCUCAAUGCUGAUGCUCUGUACGUUAAAGCCACCUUCUUGAAAAUGACGGGCUGUUCAGGAAUCACCAGCUGGUAAAAAUUGCAUUUAUUGGCUGGGGGAGUGGGAAGAACAUAUUUGAAUCUGAAUUGUGCAUAUGAGCAUUUUAUUCUAUUUAUUAGCCGACAUUGGCUCUAAAAUGUCAGUAGAAAUCAAGGAAGGACAAUCAUAAGGAUGAAAAACAACACUUUUAAUUGGAGCUCAAAACAAAGUUUUUGAUGAAUUUACCAUCUCAUUUUAGAAUUUUUUUAAAUUGUGUAAAUAUAACAUAGGAAAUAGAAUUUUAUUUUUUGUUCAUGGAUACUUAGUGAAGUAUAAGUUAUGUAUUUACUUUUGUUCUAUAUCAGUGUAUGUUGGUCCAUAUUAAAUGCUGACAAGUCACUGUACCUCAUGUAGAUGCUGAAUUUACACCCGCAGUGUGAGCGCAGUAUCGUGGACCUGUAGCUGGGACAGCAAGAUGCCUCACUUGUGCUCUCACUGAUUUUUAGUGGCAUACUCCACAAACACAGAAUACUUUCUUAUUUUUAAGAAAGUAGAUACAUUAAACAUGCCAAAUUUCUGAUUACAUUUGAAUUCUGAAUUCAAGUAGAACUGACGAGAUAUUUUACUUCUUAACAAGAAUGGCAUUUGGAAGUCAACGAUAUAUCCCUGGAAAGAUUACCAUGACUAGGAUGGCCCUUGCAAUGCAGUCAAGACUUUAUAGUAUCAGACCUUUAUUUUCUACAUUCAUUAGAUCACAUUGUUGUCAUAUGAAGAUAUAAUACCAGUUCACACAAUACACAAGAGGACUUGUGGAAUUGCUUUUUAAACAUUGUGUUUGGGCCCCCGUUCAUAACUGUUACUGAAAAAAAGAACAACUCCAUUCAGGUAAUGCAUAAAUUAUAGUAACAGUAUUUUCUCUGUGAACACACAAUUUAAUUAACAGACACAAUAUAUUUUCUUUUGGGGAAAUUAUGAAAUACUGAUUCUCAUGAGAAGAACACUCCUGAAACAGUGUGAUAUCAGCUAGAAUAGUUCACUUUGUGUUUCACAAAAAUGGAUGAUAAAAGUCUUAAUGGAAGCAGAACUGGUUUCCAGGGCCCAAGUUUACAUGGAGAAAUGACUCUGAUGAAGUGGCCCAGUUCUGAUCUGCCUGUAUGUUUGGGCAUCACCAUUAAGCUUGUGAAGCUGCCUGCUGAUAAUACACAGGAUCACAAUGGGCUCCAAAUCAGCAUACUCUGGUGCAGCAUGAGGCAGGGGGAAGGCAAAAGAUGGGAUUGCUCUGGGAUGGGAAUGUAAAACAAACAGCAGCAGUAGUCACAAUAAAUGCAACACCCCAUGCCAAGCAUACAGCAGUCAACUGUGGGCUGUUCUCACUUAAGUGCAAACACAGUCACCUCUUGAUGCCAUCUAAAACAUAGUCCUCUCUCUGGGCUGGCUUUCUGGUUUUGUUUUUUGGUCACAUUAAAGGCAUGGCAUUUCAAAAAUCAUUUCCUAGCCAAACAUACUACAAGAUUUACACCCUCAUCCUCCCCCAGCAAAACACAUACCUACUUGCUUAAUAUUAAGCAGGUUAGUACUUCCAUGGUGGUCAUUAGGACCAGUAAAGCAUUGGUGUUAUGUGGGGCAAACUUUGCUGAGCCAGGGCCACAGUGUGAACAACUGCACUGGAGAUGCAGCCAGCAGAAUGUGUGAUAGAGUUCUUCAUGUGUUUAUGAGAAGUUAACAAAUGGGCUUGGACCCUUGGUGUUUUGCAUGCUUUUCUAAGAUUCAAGUUGGCACUUAAGCAUAUUCUUUUCGAAGAAUAGUACUAUAUGACCUCAUUUAAUCUUUUACAAAACACACUUUUCCCUUUAAAAAAAUACAACUUCCCCAAACCCUUUUUUUUUUAAUAUAACCCAUUAAUAUAUGUGAUUUUUCUCAGAUCAAACUACAUUUUUUAUAUACUGUAAUGUCCUACUACAGAAGGAAAAAGAAAAAAAAAGUAUAUGCAAAUAUAUUUCAUUUUAAUCCAUCACCCUUUUUUAACUACCAGAUUUGUUGGAAAUUGUGACAAAGAAGUAUUCUGAGAUUUCACACACUGGGUAAAAAGGGGUUGGGAUGGGGUGAACUGGGCUAGAGGAAAACUUAUCAAAUUGGUAUUUAUGGCAAUAUGAAAGCUAUAAAGCAACUUAGUGACAUGGCUUGCUUUGUAAUUUCCGCUUUCUAAAAACCACAAGUGAGGUCCUUGGUGCUCUUGGAGUAUGGGGAAUGUGCAAAUAUUUAACUGUUUGUAUGCUGCACAUUGCAGACCUGCUAGUGUGCAUUCUCCGUUUGUCUUCCUUUGUCAUUUGUGUUUUGCUUUCUAGAAAGCAACGUUUUUUUCUUGUACCCUUCUUCAGCUUGUAGCAAACUAGAAUGCUUAGCAUUUAUGUUCAUUCAUUAUUGUAUUUCCCAUGUAAAAAUUUUUUUAUUACAUUAAGACAAGCUUAUAAGCUGUUACUACAUAACUUAUCUUACUGUAACUCUUAUUUCCCAACAUUGUAAUUUGUUUGUGAUGUAUAUUGUGAGAUUGUACUCUAUGUUAAUUUAAUCAGCACAAUUCACUGACAUGCUGGACUGACAUGCUAGCUGCUGUUUCAAAUUGUAAAGUUUGUGUAGAGCUGUUGGGACAACUGAGACUCUCUUGUCAAGGUACUAUGCUUUGAUUCCUAUAGCAACACUGUGGGUGCAGCUCUUAAUGGUGAGGGCUGCUCGUUGGACACCCACUGGCUAACUUAACGGGCAGGUUUUCCUUGUAGAAAUUCUAUAUACAAUGCAGGUACCUACCUGGGCCCAUGGCCGGUAAUUAUUUGGGCGUUUAGAGGAAAAACUAGUGUCUAUUGCUGCUUUGAAUAUGUUUUAAAGUCUGAAAAUGUAAAUAGUUUAUCAAAAAAAUCUUGUACAGUCCAGUGUAAAGUUUUUAAAUGAACUUAAAGGUUGCCAUCACAUCUCACACUCUCCUCUUGAUACAGUAAAAAAAAAAAAAAAAGAGAGAAAAAAGUUUGCUAAGGAUACUGAUUUAAAAAAGAAAUCUGUUCUCAAUUUAAAACAGAGAAUAGUUAUUCUUAGCUCUGCUUCAUUGCAUAAACAGACUUCUUCGAUUUUGUUGUGCAGUAUUGACGUGAGGUAAAUUAAAUAUUAAAUAAUCUUUCAGUGGUACUUUUAAGAGUCUUCUCCUCCUCUGCCUCAGUUAUUAAUGGAAAAGACAAAAUUGAAAGACACUGUCCAUGUACAGGAUGUUCUGGUGUACGUUGGCACCUUACCUACAUGUUUCGGGUGGGAGGGAUUUUUAUUUUUUUUUUUUUUUUUUGCACAAGGUGCUUUCCUGAUAUGUUAAACAUGUCAUCCUUGGGUGAUACAGUAUAUGCCAUGAUAGGGGUUUAGACCCCUCAGGGGAGUGUCUAUAAGACUGCCUAUUUAUGCUCAUUUACCUCAAGACUGUCCUCUCUACCCUUAAUCUAUUCACCAUCACUCCAUCUUUUGUACUGCUGUUGACACUUACAAAUUAAAGAUAAAUUUUGUUUUA